GGAGAAUCACAGCGCCCGAGGGAGCGGGGAAACCAAGGCACCCAGGGCUUCUGAUGUCGGGGCGGGGGCACCGCUGGCCUGCCUGUGCAGGGAGACAGCUGGGACGGUGUGGCAGCUGCUGCUGAGGGCCACAGGCCAGCGUCGGGGCCCUGAACCUUAGGUCGUCCGGAGCCUUCUCCCGCCCCCGCUCGGAGCCCCCGCCCCCGGCUCCCGCCAGCCCAGCCCCGCCGUCGCCGGACCCUGGCAUGUCAAGGCCUGGCCUGCGCCUGCCUGCCCAGCCCGCGGAACCCCGGCGGCCCCGCGAGCUAGGAUGAGGGGCCAGGCCGCCGCCCCGGGGCCCCUCCGGACCCUCUGCCCGUCGCUGCUGCUGCUGCUGCUGCUGCUGCUGGGGCGCUGGGCGCGGGCGGCCGCGGGGGCGGACGCGGGGCCCGGGGCCGAGCCGUGCGCCACGCUGGUGCAGGGCAAGUUCUUCGGGUACUUCCAGGCGGCCGCCGUGUUCCCGGCCAACGCCUCGCGCUGCUCCUGGACCCUGCGCAACCCGGACCCGCGGCGCUACACGCUCUACAUGAAGGUGGCCAAGGCGCCCGCGCCCUGCGGCGGCCCCGGCCGCGUCCGCACCUACCAGUUCGACUCCUUCCUGGAGUCCACCCGCACCUACCUGGGCGUGGAGAGCUUCGACGAGGUGCUGCAGCUCUGCGACCCCUCGGCGCCCCUGGCCUUCCUGCAGGCCAGCAAGCAGUUCCUGCAGAUGCUGCGCCAGCAGCCGCCCCGCGAGCGGGGCCCCGGGCUGCCGGCCGCGCCCCAGAGCCCCGGCGACGACUUCUCUGUGGAGUACCUGGUCGUGGGCAACCGCAACCCCAGCCGGGCCGCCUGCCAGAUGCUGUGCCGCUGGCUGGACGCCUGUCUGGCCGGCAGCCGCAGCUCCCACCCCUGCGGCAUCAUGCAGACCCCCUGCGCCUGCCUAGGCGGCGACACUGGCGACCCUGCCUCUGGCUCCCUGACCCCCCGAGGGGACGUCUGCCUGAGGGACGGCGUGGCCGGCGGCCCCGAGAACUGCCUCACCAGCCUGACCCAGGAUCGGGGCGGGGACGGCGUGCCAGGUGAGUGGCCCGGUGGGAGAGGGCUGGCUGUCUGGGCACAGGGCGGUGGGAGAGGGUCCUCUCUGCGGGGUGCUGCCCCGGCCACCUGCCCCUGGGCAGCCCCCUCCCCCCGGGGAAGCCAAGCGCUGAGGGCAGGCGACCUGAGGUGUUCGCCACCGGCCCCGGAGUUGCGUGCUGAGCGCCACCGCGUCCCACCCGGGGCUGCUGAGCCCAGCGGCGGGCGCCCUCCGGUCCCCUCCGCAGUGCACGGCGCCUGGGAUGAGUGGUCGCCUUGGAGCCUCUGCUCCAGCACCUGCGGCCGCGGCUUCCGGGACCGGACGCGCACCUGCCGGCCCCCCCAGUUUGGAGGCAACCCCUGUGAGGGCCCUGAGAAGCAAACCAAGUUCUGCAACAUUGCCCUGUGUCCUGUGGACGGAAACUGGAACGAGUGGUCAAGCUGGAGCACCUGCUCUGCCAGCUGCUCCCAGGGCCGGCAGCAGCGCACCCGGGAGUGCAAUGGGCCUUCCUACGGGGGCGCCGAGUGCCAGGGCCACUGGGUGGAGACUCGAGACUGCUUCCUGCAGCAGUGCCCAGUGGAUGGGAAGUGGCAGACCUGGGCAUCGUGGGGCGGCUGCAGCGUGACGUGUGGGGGCGGCACGCAGCGAAGGGAGCGCCUCUGCUCCGGUCCGUUCUUCGGGGGAGCAGCGUGCCAGGGCCCGCAGGAUGAGUACCGGCAGUGCAGUGCCCAGCGGUGCCCUGAACCCCACGAGAUCUGUGACGAGGACAACUUCGGCACCGUGAUCUGGAAGGAGACUCCGGCAGGAGAGGUGGCCGCGGUCCGGUGUCCCCGCAAUGCCACAGGCCUCAUCCUGCGACGCUGUGAGCUGGACGAGGAAGGCAUCGCCUACUGGGAGCCCCCCACCUACAUCCGCUGUGUCUCCAUCGACUACCGGAACAUCCAGAUGAUGACCCGGGAGCACCUGGCGAAGGCUCAGCGUGGGCUGCCCGGGGAGGGGGUCUCCGAGGUCAUCCAGACACUGGUGGAGAUCUCCCAGGACGGGACCAGCUACAGCGGGGACCUCCUCUCCACCAUCGACGUCCUGAGGAACAUGACGGAGAUCUUCCGGAGGGCGUACUAUAGCCCCACCCCCGGGGAUGCGCAGAACUUUGUGCAGAUCAUCAGCAACCUGCUGGCAGAGGAGAACCGGGACAAGUGGGAGGAGGCCCAGCUGAUGGGCCCCAACGCCAAGGAGCUCUUCCGGCUGGUGGAGGACUUCGUGGACGUCAUCGGCUUCCGCAUGAAGGACUUGCGGGACGCGUACCAGGUCACAGACAACCUGGUCCUCAGCAUCCACAAGCUCCCGGCCAGCGGAGCCACAGACAUCAGCUUCCCCAUGAAGGGCUGGCGGGCCACGGGCGACUGGGCCAAGGUGCCGGAGGACAGGGUCACCGUGUCCAAGAGUGUCUUCUCCACGGGGCUGGCAGAGGCUGACGACUCAUCUGUGUUCGUGGUGGGCACCGUGCUCUACAGAAACCUGGGCAGCUUCCUGGCCCUGCAGAGGAACACGACUGUGCUGAACUCCAAGGUCAUCUCGGUGACCGUGAAGCCCCCGCCUCGCUCCCUGCUCACGCCCUUGGAGAUCGAGUUUGCCCACGUGUAUAACGGCACCACCAACCAGACCUGUAUCCUGUGGGACGAGACAGAUGUGCCCUGCUCCGUGAGCCCGUGCCAGGCCCUGCCUUGGGGGCAGGUGGGGAGUGAGGAAAAGGGGCUCGGAGUCACCCUCGGGGAGGAGGGGGUGGGCCCACAGGAAGCCGUGCUGGUGCUAGGACCCUGGGCUGGAGGGGUGGUGACGGUGGCCAUGAGGGCUGGACGGCCGGCGGUCGCGGGUGUGGCAGGACUGACGCUGUUGCGGAGGGGACAGAUACGGUGGCAUCCAUGGCUUCGGUGCUGCUGCUGGCGGUGGCGAUGGCCCCGGUGGCCGUAUGAUGACGUCAUUCUCGUGCCCCACGGCGGCGGCGGCCCCAUGCACAUGGACAGCGUGGCUGGAAAUAGCGUGGCGGCGACGUGGCGGCGACGUGGCGAUGUUGCUGAGGAGGAGGCCGAACAGGACCCCGAGGCCGUGAGCAGUGUGGAGUGUGUGAUGGGACAAGGUCCCCGAGGACGGAAGCUGUGGGAGCCCAAGCCUGAUACAGGCCACAGGGGCCUGCCGGAGCCGGGGAGAGGCGCAGCUGAGGGGGCGUGCACCGUGGCCCUGCGGGGUCUGGAUGAGCCCCAGCCCCCCGGUUCCAGGUCCGGCGCCUUCCGGAUCCGCCACCAGCUGCCGGCCUCCUGGACUGCCGGCCCGAAGGGAGGUUCUCUGAAGCGGGCGGGCAACAUGGACAAGGGGACCGUGCCAUCGGUGACGCUCAUCGUGGGCUGUGGCGUGUCGUCCCUCACCCUGCUCAUGCUGAUCAUCAUCUACGUCUCCGUGUGGAGGUACAUCCGCUCAGAGCGGUCUGUGAUCCUCAUCAACUUCUGCUUUUCCAUCAUCUCCUCCAACGCCCUCAUCCUCAUCGGGCAGACCCAGACCCGCAAUAAGGUGGUGUGCACUCUGGUGGCUGCUUUCCUCCACUUCUUCUUCCUGUCCUCCUUCUGCUGGGUGCUCACCGAGGCCUGGCAGUCCUACAUGGCCGUGACCGGCCGCCUCCGGAACCGCCUCAUCCGCAAGCGUUUCCUCUGCCUGGGCUGGGGGCUCCCUGCGCUGGUCGUGGCCAUUUCUGUGGGAUUCACCAAGGCCAAAGGGUACAGCACCAUGAACUACUGCUGGCUCUCCCUGGAGGGGGGACUGCUGUAUGCCUUCGUGGGACCGGCCGCCGCUGUCGUGCUGGUGAACAUGGUCAUCGGGAUCCUCGUGUUCAACAAGCUCGUCUCCAAAGACGGCAUCACGGACAAGAAGCUGAAGGAACGGGCAGGGGCGUCGCUGUGGAGCUCCUGCGUGGUGCUGCCGCUGCUGGCGCUGACCUGGAUGUCGGCCGUGCUCGCCGUCACCGACCGCCGCUCCGCCCUCUUCCAGAUCCUGUUCGCUGUCUUCGACUCGCUGGAGGGUUUCGUCAUAGUGAUGGUGCACUGCAUCCUGCGCCGAGAGGUCCAGGACGCCGUGAAGUGUCGCGUGGUGGACCGCCAGGAGGAGGGCAACGGGGACUCGGGGGGCUCCUUCCAGAACGGCCAUGCCCAGCUCAUGACCGACUUCGAGAAGGACGUGGAUCUGGCCUGUAGAUCAGUGCUGAACAAGGACAUCGCAGCCUGCCGCACGGCCACGAUCACGGGCACGCUCAAGCGGCCGUCGCUGCCCGAGGAGGAGAAGCUGAAGCUGGCCCAUGCCAAGGCGCCCCCCGCCAACUUCAACAGCCUGCCGGCCAACGUGUCCAAACUGCACCUGCACGGCUCGCCCCGCUGCCCGGGCGGCCCCCUGCCCGACUUCCCCAACCACUCACUGACCCUCAAGAAGGACAGGGCGCCCAAGUCCUCCUUUGCCGGGGACGGGGACAUCUUCAAGAAGCUGGACUCGGAGCUGAGCCGGGCCCAGGAGAAGGCCCUGGACACCAGCUAUGUAAUCCUGCCAACGGCCACAGCCACGCUGCGGCCCAAGCCCCAGGAGGAGCCCAAGCACAGCAUCCACAUCGAUCAGAUGCCCCAGACCCGCCUCAUCCACCUCAACAUGGCACCUGACACGGGCCUCCCCGCCCGCAGCCCACCCUCCCGCCAGCCCCCAGGGGGUGGGCCCCCGGAGGCACCCCCUGCCCAGCCCCCACCGCCCCCGCCCCCACCACCCCCGCCACCCACCCUGGAGCCAGCGCCCCCCAGCCUGGGGGAGCCCGGGGAGCCCGCUGCCCACCCAGGGCCCAGCUCGGGGACCGGGACCAGGAACGAGAAUGUCUCCACCUUGUCCGUGAGCUCCCUGGAGCGGCGGAAGUCGCGGUAUGCAGAACUGGACUUUGAGAAAAUCAUGCACACCCGGAAGCGGCACCAGGACAUGUUCCAGGACCUGAACCGGAAGCUGCAGCACGCGGAGAAGGACAAGGAGGUGCUGGGCCCAGAAAGCAAGCCGGAAAAGCAGCAGACACCGAACAAGCGGCCCUGGGAGAGCCUUCGGAAGGCCCACGGGACGCCCGCGUGGGUGAAGAAGGAGCUGGAGCCGCUGCCGCCCUCACCGCUGGAGCUGCGGAGCGUCGAGUGGGAGAAGUCGGGCGCCACGAUCCCGCUGGUGGGCCAGGACAUCAUCGACCUCCAGACCGAGGUCUGAGCGGGUGGGCGGCGGCCACGCACCGGGCCCCGAGGAGGAACACCCUGCUCCGCCCGCUCCCGCCGCAGGACGGGCACAGACACGCUCCCGGGCUGCGGGCCAGGCCCGCGCCCCGGCCUCAGGGCGCUCGGACGGCGGCCGGGCGGAGGCCCGCGGCGCUGGGACCAGAGCCAGAGGGGACAGGAGGCCCCGGCGGCCCCGGGUGGGCACAGGGCUCCAGAGGCCGGAAGGUGCCUCAGACUCUGCCCUCCUCGAGCCCGGCGCCGGCGGGCAGGCGGGCGGGCGGCCGCGGACAGUGGCGGGGCGGGUGCGGCCAGCAUCCCCAGGACACCUGCCUGAGCUGCCGCGGCAGAGGACCAGCCUGCUUGGCCCAGCUGGCCUGGCACCAUUUUUUAGACACCCCUACCCCUCGGGAAGCAGCCAGCCCCCCCCCCACCUUUCCAGGGCCCGGGGCCCCUCCCCAGACCCAGGUGGAGAGCCCUCUCUCCCACCUGUGCUGACCCCAGGGGCAGGACUAGAAGCCCACUCCGGGAAGAAGCAGGGGUGGGGAAUCUAUUUUUUCUCUCCUUUUCUUUUCUUCAAUAAAAAGAAUUAAAAACCCACA